UUCCCGCCCAAACGCUCUCCCUUUCUCUCAAUGGCGGUGCCCGGAAACCCCGAUGCCCAAAUCCAAGCUUUCGCCUCUUUCCUCCUUCGCUACCACUCCCCCGAUCUCCGCUCCAUCCUCCUCUCCCCCGAUCCCAAGCUCCAUUACCCUCUCAUCAUCAGCUUCGCCGAGAUCCUUGAGUUCGACCCUAGACUCGCCCACCACCUCUUCUCCCGCCCUUCAGAUUUCCUACCUCUCUUCGACGAAGCUGCUCUCCGCGCACACCGCGUCGUUCUCAGGGGUUCGGACGAUCUGAGGGGGAGCGCCUGCGAGAAGGCUUAUAUCCAUGUCCGGAUCAACGUCAGCGGAUCUCCCUUGGAAUGCCCUGAAACUUUUCCGAGCAUCGGGAGGGUGAGGGUCAAGCAUCGAGGGUUCCUUCUUACUCUGAAGGGGACAGUUAUAAGAUCCGGGGCAGUCAAGAUGAUAGAAGGGGAGCGGGAGUAUCAGUGUAGGAAGUGCAGGCACAGAUUCAAAGUUUAUCCGGAGAUGGAGACUGGAAACCGUGUCGUCCUCCCUACUUCAUGCCCAUCCAGAGGGUCUAAAGGCUGCGAGGGGACACAUUUCCAAUUUGUGGAAGAUAGUAUGGUAUGCCACGACUACCAAGACAUAAAAAUCCAAGAAAGCGCGCAACUUUUAGACAUUGGAUCAAUUCCUCGUUCAAUACCAGUGGUUUUAAUGGAUGAUUUAGUUGACAUUGUCAAAGCUGGAGAUGAUGUCGUAGUGACUGGGGUUUUGUCAGCCAAGUGGUCAUCGGACUUAAAGGACGUGCGUUGUGACCUUGAUCCUGUGCUAGUUGCUAAUUUUGUCUGGAGAACUAAUGAAUUGAAGUCGGAGAUUGACAUUCCUGAUGAUGUUAUGAAGAAAUUUAAGCAAUUCUGGUCAGAAUGUCGAGAUACUCCAUUGAGAGGAAGAAAUACCAUAUUGCAGGGAAUUUGUCCUCAAAUCUUUGGGCUUUUCACAGUGAAGCUUGCAGUUGCUCUAACGUUGAUUGGAGGAGUGCAACAUGUUGAUGCUUCGGGGAUGAAGAUUCGCGGAGAACCUCACAUGCUUCUUGUUGGUGACCCAGGCACUGGAAAGUCUCAAUUUCUGAAGUUUGCCGCUAAAUUAAGCAACCGAUCUGUGAUUACAACUGGUUUGGGAAGCACCAGUGCAGGUUUAACUGUUACUGCUGUCAAGGACGGAGGGGAAUGGAUGCUUGAGGCUGGGGCACUUGUUUUGGCUGAUGGUGGAUUAUGUUGCAUAGACGAAUUUGAUAGCAUGCGAGAGCAUGACAGGGCAACAAUACAUGAAGCAAUGGAGCAGCAAACGAUAAGUGUUGCUAAGGCUGGCCUUGUAACAACUCUGAGCACAAGAACCACCGUCUUUGGUGCAACAAAUCCAAAAGGACAAUACGAUCCCAAUCAAUGCUUGUCUGUAAAUACAACUCUUUCUGGACCAUUGUUGAGCAGAUUUGAUAUAGUUCUUGUGCUCCUGGAUACGAAAAAUCCUGAAUGGGAUGCCAUAGUCUCGUCUCAUAUAUUAGCUGAGAAAGGUGAAGCAAGAAAAAACAACAGUGAUGGCUUGGAACAUAUGUGGUCACUGCCAAUGAUUAGACGGUACAUACACUAUGUAAAGCAGCAUUUUAAACCAGUGCUGACGAAGGAAUCGGAAAAGGUUAUCUCAAGUUACUAUCAGCUGCAGCGGAGAUCAGCAAACCAUAAUGUGGCUAGAACUACUGUACGGAUGCUUGAGAGUUUGAUAAGAUUGGCCCAAGCACAUGCAAGACUCAUGUUUAGAGACAUAGUAACGCAGCUGGAUGCUAUUGCGGCCAUUUUAUGCAUCGAGUCCUCAAUGACAACAUCUGCCAUUGUUGACAGUGUGGGAAAUGCUUUGCACUCUAACUUCACUGAUAACCCUGACCAGGAGUAUGUCAAGCAAGAAAAGAUAAUCCUUGAGAAGCUUAGGAUGAUCCAGACGUUUCCAUGAUAUUGGAUGAUUAGAAGCUGCAACUGUGGAAAUCCGGAAAGCCUUUGCAUGCCCUGUAGCUAAAUGCAUAACUAACGGCCAAGGAGAUGGUGAUAUAAAGUUGUCUUGGCUUGGGAGUAAUCAGAUGAUUGAUGCCUACAUUCUCACUAUGUAUUAACAGGUUGCCGUUGUUUUUGUAUGGACUCAGUGUGCCCUGUAUAAUUUCCUGUCGUUCUGAUGAUAAUCUUGGUUUCUUUGACCGCCAUAUCAAUCUAAGGCAAACGACAAGGCGAGAUGGGGAAAGAAAGAUUGGGACGGUAGGUGGUGUGUUGUGGGCCUCAGCGGGAGAGAGACCCUCUUUGAAGAGAUUACACUCGGGACCUCGUCCACCACGUCAGCCAUGGACCGCUCGAGAGUAUUGAAAGGAGAUGGAUGAUGGAGGGUGGAUACCUUCUGUGGAGGCGACGCUUCUCUGUUUAGAUAGCCACUAAUGUACGGCAGCAUGCAUGAUGCUGUUAUGUCCUUUGAUAUUGGCACUUUUGUCUUCGUGGUUCGACGGUAACAAGUUUAGGUUCAACCUGUCGCUACAUGAUGCGUUCAUAUUGGUGGUUUUCAAUUUAAUUCGAUCCAUAUAAAAUAUGUACUACGAUUUAUUCUAAUAAGUUAAGAAUUAGAAUGAAUUAUACGUUUCUUAUUAGUUAAAAAAUGUAUCUCUUCGUAGAUAUUUAUUAUGGAUAUCUUAAUUGUAAUCUCUAUGUUAGAUUCAGAAUAUUUUAAGGAG